AUGCGUGCCACCGAACACACCUCCAAGGUCUUCUACAAGGGCGCCUCGGACGACUUCAUCGUCUUCGUCGACGACCCGGCCAUCCUCAAGAAAUGGAAAACCGACCGCUCAAUCUCCCUGACCGACGUGGUGAACGGGUACAAGAUCUUUGUUACUCACAAGCAUGGCUCCCAAGGCGUGCUUGACGGAGCUAGCAAUGCUAGUCUCGACAAUGAGUUUGGCACCCAUAAUGUGGAUGAUUGCAUUGUGAAGAUCCUGGAGAAGGGUGAAUACCAGACGUAUGCGCAAAACGAACACCAGGGUGACACCAACUUCAGCAAUGGCCCUGCGUACCGGUGA